CUUGGAAGAUUUAGCUCCCUCUGCUUCCUGCCCCUCUAAACCAAACUGCUUGUUCUCAUCUGCUUCUACUGUGCUCUUCAUCUUCAGAGUGAACUUUGGUCUAAACGAUUCAGAAGCGAAAGCUGCUAGUCGGAGUUGUACAACUGAGAGAAUAAUUCCAGAGAGCUCUUUCUCUUUUGUCAAAGGGUUUCACCAAUGGCGAUAAAGAUGAAGGGGAUCUUCAAAGGACUGAAGAUAUUUUCUCAAAUGUUUGUGCAUAAGGAACAUGAGAUGGAGAUUGGGUACCCUACAGAUGUAAAGCAUGUGGCCCACAUAGGUCUGGGCACCAGUGACACAUCUCCAAGCUGGAUGGCUGAAUUCAAGGGGACAGAUGAUUUAUCAGCAGGCUCUGUGAGCACAGCCGCGCAGUCAAGGCAGACUUCUUGGGCCUCUGCAGACUUCGAGCAGCCAAGAAGCAUGCUGCCCAUUGAGAUGUUCCAGGACAGCAGGCCCGGGCAAGAGAACCCAGACAUGGCAAGGGGGCAGAGGAAGGCGAAGAGGAAGAAGAAGAACAGGGCGUCGUCGCCUGCUUCGUCAGCAAGGUCAUCUUCCUCGAGGUCCAGAGCCUCAUUUGCGACGGCGUACGAUGCCUUCAGCGAGUCCCAGAGAGGGUUCCGGGUCGCCUGAAUGGAACAAACCACCAUGCGUGCGUGAAUGCAGAUCGAUCGCCAUGCCUGUAACUGUAAAUGAUUUCGGUUUAGGUAGACAGCUUGGUUUGCAGUUGUUUGAUUCUUUGUUUUUCUUUGCAGUAAGGUGUAGUUGGAAAUGGAAAGGGAAAUUGACUCAAAGUUAAUGCUGA